CUUAUCCUCUUCUUUGGACCAACAAAAAGUCACUGUUUACGAGACACACCGCGUCGGGUCGCUUUUACUAAAACGACGCGAAAUGUCUUGACGUUCAUUAAAAACUGCAGGUUGUUGGGCCUUUAUGGUCAAGUGUUGGGCGUUUAAAUUUACAUCUUUCUUGAUAAAAAGAGAUAUCCUGACCCACAAAAGUGAUCCAGACUAGUCAUAUAUCGCCACGUGUCGGUCAUCUGUCUCUGACGAUACCGAAAUGUUAAUUCUUCAGUAGACAAGAUUCAAACUCAGGUGACGGUACUCACAACUGUAAGCUUUUUACCAUUAGAACUAGAAGCUCUGAUUUCUAAAACAAAAAUUUUAAGUUGAAUAAUGGUUUCUUGAACUACAUACGGAUACGUUGACUGUACCAUCAAUCAUCGUGUUCAAUGAAAUGAAUCUCACGCUUUGGAUAUAAAUCUCACAUGAUAAACAUACGUUUUCAGUUAAUAUUGAAUUGAAAAGUGAUUAUAUAUAUAUGCAGUCUCCCUUAUUUCAAAACUGAUAAUUAAAAUAAGAUCUAAUAAAGUGAAACAAUUUUAACAAAAAGAAAAAUGUGAAACAAAAUCAAAAGGACUUUCAUUAGAAGUCAAACCUAACACACAAAUUGCAGCUAGCAACCAGUAGUGAUAAGGUUGCAAAUAUUCUUCACUAGAUUUAUAACUUCCGUCGAUGAAGCUAUACAAUUUGAUCUUUGAUACAUAUAAUAUACGAAUAUAUAUAGAACUAAUUUUCCUUCAAAAAAUAUAUAGAAUUAGGUACUAUAGUACACACAAUGCAUGAACCCUAACAUUAAAGGAUAAAAUAAUACAGUAUAUUAUAUUGGUUUUAUAUGUCGACAUACAUGGAUUAUAUUGAUGGAUAAUAUUAUAGAAGGAAAGAUAACCAAUGGACAAACAUAAAAUCUACUUUUUUUCUUCUGAAAGUUUUAUCCUAACACCAAAGAGUGGGUGACUUUUGAUAUUGAAGACUGUUGUCUUUUGUUUCUGUCUGUAUAACAUUAAAAAACAAAUAAAGCAUGAGAAAAUUUGAUUGCCCCGUGAAGAUAUUUUUUUAUAUUUGGUCUUGAAGAUAUUAGAAACAAAUAAGCUAUUCAAGAAAAUUGUAUUCUACUGAAAAAUUAUAAGCUGAUGGGGAAGAAAAGGUUUCAGAGAGAGAAAGAAUCGUCUGUGACGGCGACGGUAGGAGAAGCUUCAUCUCUGUUGGGGUCUCAGACGGCAAGGAGACGAAGAGGAAGGCCGAGGAAGAAUCUUGAGGGUCCUGAAAAUUCCAAGAAGGAAGAAGACGAAGAUUACGAGGAGUACGAGUACGAAGAAGAAGAAGAUGACGAGCAAGUUGAGAUUGUUAACAGAGAGAAACUGAAGAAGAAGAAGGUUAGAAGUAGCCCUAGCGUGGAAGAAGGGCAAAAGUGGAAACGUGAAGAAGUAGCUGAGGAGGAGGAGAAGCCAGAUAUGACGGUGAAGACGGUUGCACCGCUGUCAUAUAGACGGUCCAGGAGGAAGAACACACCGGUGAAAAGCUGUUAAGAGCAAAGAACCUAGAAAAUAAAAACUAACAUCGAAUUGCACGCAAGCAUUAUGGGCCCUGCAAGUGUUCACGUGCAAAACCAUCUUUGUCCCAAGAUUAACAUCGAAAUAUCAAAAUUCAAAACCGGUAAAUUCAAAAACUUGAUUAUAAGUAUUCAGUUUGAUAUGGUUUCAAAACCUUAACGUCUUUCCAGGAGUUACUUGUAACACUGAAGUUGACCAAAAAAACAAAGGCUUUAUAACAAAAAGACAU